CGCAUGCGCAUUGUCCUCCCAAUUGUCUGUUGACAAACGUGAGCCGUUUCACUUUAGUCAUCAAGAAGAAUAAAAAUGUAAUAUUGCAGGAUUUGGUCAACGUGGUGAUCUUUGAAGUGGAUUCUUCAUGACUUUGUGAACCCGGUCCAGGAGAAACCAUGCUUAAAUGGUUUUCGGGUGAAGAGGGAGAGCCUGGCUCUGGAGGCUCGGGCUCUCCACCCAGCCAUGCCGGUGGCGGAGAGAUUCCUGUGGAAGAAAUGGCAGAGAGGCUGACCCAGACUGAGCAGCUUGUCACUCAGCUGAAGGAGAUGAUUCGUGAAAAAGAUGCAGCUCUUUGCUCCAAAGAUGACCAGCUGAAGGCUGAGAAGGAGGCCUGUGAAGCCAAACUGUCCAAACUGCGUCUGCAGAACAAGGCCAAGGUGACGUCUCUGACAGCACAGCUAGAGGAGCUGAAGAAGCAGCAGGGCCCGAGCACACCGACACACGGCAAAAAGGGUUCAUCAGAAGGAGGAGAACAAGCCAGCCGAGGCAAGAUUGUCCUGCUGAAGAAGAAGGUUGAUGAACUAGAACAGCAGCUUGCACAAAGAGAUGUGGAACUGGAAAACAAAAUGAAGGAGUUGGAGUCUCAGCGGCAGCGUGGUGAAGAAGUGGACACUAUGCUGACAGAGAAGGACAAGAAGCUGGCAGAAAAAGAGGCCUACAUUGUCCACCUGCAAACAGCGCUGGCUGGAGAUCAGCCCAUCACACCUGCACCACCACAAAAGGCUGAGGACGGCGGGGCGAUGCAGGAGCUGCAGUUGCUGGUACAGAGCUUGACUAAGAAAGUGGGGGAAGCAGAGGAGCGCUACAGUUUGCUGCAGGAGCAGACAGACAGCCUCAAAGACCUGCUGGCUACAGAGAAGGAGCAGUACAGCCAAAAGGAGAGCAUGUACAAGCAGAAUAUCCAGACAUUCAAAGACAUCAUCAUUCAGAAGGACAGCCAGCUGAUGGAGGUCAACCAGAUGCAUGAACAGGAGCUCUUCAAGCUAGCAGCCAAGUCAGAUGCCAGUGCAGACUUGGAGCAGCUUCUCAAGGCUCUAAAACAGAAGCUUCAUGAGAAGGAGGAAGUGCUGCUGGGUAAAACUCAGGUCAUUGAUGUUCUCCAGGGAGAGGUGGACGGGAGAGAUCAGCAGAUAAAGGAACUCUCAGAGCAGCUGCAGAGGCUACAAGUCGAGCGAGAGAGCCUUGAAUCCAAAAUGGAGGCAGAGAAGCAUGUGAUGCGAGCACAACUCCGUGACCUGAUGGAGAAGCAGCAGGCAGAGGUGCAGCGAAUGACCGAGCAGCAUCAAGCACAGCUGGAUCAAACCCAACAGGAUCUCAUGAGGCAGCUGGAGGACCUGAGGAGAGCCCAGGCAGCAGCACCACCUGCCAGUCAAGAGGCAUCAGGAAGUGGAAAUGUGCUCACAGAUUCAGCUUCCAUCCAGAGGAUAGCUGAGCUGGAAGCACAAGCAAAACAGAAAACAGAUGAAGCCAGCAGAUCAGAGGCCAAGUUCCUAAAAAUGAAAGCUUGGUCUAAAAGUCGAAUCAGACAGCUGGAGGAGGAACUGAAGAAAAGCCAGGCUGGAGUCGCUCCCCCAGACCUGACUGCUCUGCGGAGUCGCAUCACUGCACUCGAGGAGGAGAGAGAAGAAAACCUCUGGAAGGUGGAGCAAUACGAGGAGGUUAAAGCAAAAAACGAAAUGCUGGAGGCAAAGUUGGUGGUGUAUGAGGAGCAACAGAGGACACUGCAGGCAGACUUGGAGCAGUUCACCAAGAGGGCUGCCUCUCAGGCAAGUGAAUCAGGCAGCGCUGAUGACACUCAGAGCCAGGUGCUGGAGUGGCAGGAGAUGGUAGCUGAGGUGGUCAGUGCCAGAGACCGGGCCAGGGAGGAGAAGGCUGCCUUGUCCCUCCGUAUCAGCCACAUGGAGGAGGAAAGAGAGGAACUGAUUGAGGAUGACUGGUUCUUUCCUGGCUGCUCCGAUCCAGCACUGGUCACUCGGCAGCAGGAGUUGGAGGAGGAGUUGUCUCAAGCUCGGGGGCUCGACCAGCACAGGGCCAAGAAGCUGGCACUUCCAUCCCAGCGAAGUCUGCAGGAGGACUUUGAGCUCGAUGGGCAGGCCCCGUUUCAGGAUCCUCGAAGUAUCUCAGAGAGUACCACUCCAAUGGAAGGGGAGAACAUGGGAGGUUGGUGGCCCGAGUACAGUACUCCUGACACAGAUGGCCUGCGGUCUGUUGUGGAGGAGCUGGAGCUGGAAAGAAAUCAACUACAGGAGCAGAUACUGAGCCUGGAGGAGCGCUGCCAGGACCUGGAGGAUCGACUGCAGCUGCAGGCCCGUAUAGAGGCAUUACAGAAUGAGUCAGACAAACUGCAGAGCCAACUUGCAAGUGUCAGAAGUCAACAAAGCAGAGAGGCGGAGAAGCAUCAGCUGCUGGUUAACAGUCUCAAUGAACAGCUCAAAGGGCUGACUGACACACAGGAGUGCCUGCAAAGCUCCCUCAUUGAGAAGGAGAAUACUUUGGCCAAGACAUCUGAGAAACUUGAGCUCAUCAGCAGCCUUCGACAAUCACUGAGUGAAAAAGACAUUCAGUGCAAAGAGCUGUCUGACAAGCUCCUUCAGACGGAGCACACUCUUGAGAACAUUUCCAUGAAAUACACUAUGUCAGAGAAACAAUGCUCUGAGUUGAAAGCAGAAGUUAUGGAUCUCACACAAAAGCUGAGUGUGCUGAAAGAGAAGACGCAAAAACAAGAUGUCACCAUUGAAACAUUACAAACUGACCUUGAUCAGACAAACGAGGAGCUGGACAAACUGAACACCUCGCAUUUGGAAGAACGAGCCCAGCUCAUUUAUGACCUUCAAAGCUGCGAGCGGGAAAUCGAUAACCUUAAAGAUGCUCUGCUGGAAAAGGAUAAAGAGAUAUCAACUCUUGUUGGGAACAUGGCUGAGUAUGCAGAGCAGGUCUCAGCACUGAAACAAGAGAUCAAACUCAAAGAGGAGAGCCUGGUACAAGUAGAAAAUGCACUGAGUAAGGCAGAGAGGGAGGCCAAUAUAAUGAAAGAAUCACAGAAUUCAGACCAGCAGGCCCUUAAUAAUAAGAUCACAGAGCUGGUGGAGAAACUUAAGGAAGCUGAGAUGGAGAUGGUGAAGGCCAAAGAUGAACGAGAGUCUAAAGGAGUUGAGGUGGAACACUUAAUCAAGCAGGCUGAAAAGGAUAAGACGACUAUUCAGGACCUUCGAGGAGAAAUCCAGAAGCAGAAUGUGAGCCAUCAUAAUCAUCUUUCUGAAUGUGAAACGCACAUCACUUCACUAAAGGAACAGCUGGCAGUAUCUGCACAGAAACUACAGGAGUCAGAAGGACUUGUUUUGCAGCUUAAGGAUAGAAAUGCAAGUAAUGAGAAACUACAGCAAGAGCUUAAUGAGAAAGAGCAGACAUAUGAAAAGGAGCUCAAGUCUUUCAAGGAAGAACAGAAUAAGCUUUUGGCACAGGUGGAAAAGUAUAACACUGACUUUCAGACCUUAUCAAAGCAAUUAGACAAGCAAGUUCAGAGUGAAGAGAAUGUCAAGCAAGUAAUGCAAGAGAAAAUGAAAAAGAUGGCAUCACUCGAAAACCAGCUAAAGGACGAGAGGCAGAAAUUCAACACUGAAAAUGAGAAACUGUGCAAUGAACUUCAAAGCAAAUCUGAAAAUAUCUCCAAGCUUGAAAGUCUCUUAAAAAGCAUGACGACUGAAAAAGAGCAGCUCCAAGAAAACCUGAAGGGGCUGAAUGAGGAGCUUGAACUUGAACGUAGGAAUUUAAAAGAGCUAAAUGAAAAGGUUACAUCUACUCUUGAAUUCAACAGCAGUCUGGAGAAUCAAGUGCAAGUUCUUACAAAAGAGAGAGACAGGCUUGAAUUGGAAGUAACUGAGCAUGUCAAAAAUACUUCACAGGUUACAGCCGAAAUGGAUUCCUUGCAAGUCAAAAUAUCUGAAUUGGAAAUGCAACACUCACAAAGUAACACAAUUAUUCAAGGGCUACAGAAAGAUAAAGAGGAACUAACUACUCGAACUCUUGAGCUAAAUAGAGUUCUUGAGCAAAGCACACAUUCAACCUCUGAGAUCAUGUUGGCAAAAACAAAUGAAUGUAGUUCGCUCCAGCAGCUACUCAGGGAAAGAGAGGAGACGGUGACCCAGCAGCAGGAAAAGGUGCAAAGCUUGACGUCUAAGGUAGACAAAAUGCAGCGCGACCUCGCCGAAAAAGAGCAGACUGUCACUGAACUUCAAGCACGAAUAGAGGCCCAACAAAAUGAGCAAGCACAGCUUCAGGAAACUCUGUCUCUGCUUCAGGAACAACAAAGUAGUCUGAAGUCUGGGUUAUUGGAGAAGGAUGCAAUGUAUAAACAGAAGCAGGAGGAGUUCCAGAGUUUGCAGAAGGAAACUGAAAACCAGAAAAAUAUUGUAUCCAGGCUACAAGCCGAGGCGGAGUCGCUCAUUGAGGAACGCUCACAACUCAGACAGCAACUGGGAGAGAGAGAAGAAAUGUUGAAAAAUUCAACUCAGGAAUGUCAGAAGCACAAAGAUGAACUGAAUAACAAAAACACAACUAUCAGGUCUCUAAGUGACCGAAUCAGUGUCACGGAGGAAAAUGCUAGAAAGCUUGAGUGUGAAGCUGAGCAGAGUAAAACAGAAUUGGCUAGUUUAAAAAGCCACAGCCAAGCUUUGUCCGAGGAGAACCGCCACCUUCGUGAUGCAUGUGAAUCCAAAGAAAAGGAGCUUGCACAACAAAGGCAGCUUCUAUCUGAUCUUGAUGGGCAGCUUAAAGCGACCCUUGACCAGAACUCCAGUUUUAGCAUGAAGAUUAUCAGUCUAACAGAAAAUAAUCAAAGACUACAGGAAGAGUUAGCACAGAACAUGAAAUCAGUUUCUGAACUUACUGCUGAGAGAAUUGUUCUCCAAGAAAAAGCUUCUGGCCUUGAAAUUCAGAUCUCAGAUAGUCAAAAAAUAGUUGCUAGUCUGUUGAAGGAGAAAGAGGAGCUUACUGCGGCAACAGAUGAAUUAAAAAAGGUCCUCAAGGAAAGCGAACAGGCAAUCUCUGUAGGUCUACUCGAGAAAACAAAUGAAUGUGCUAAUCUGUUGAAAAACAUGAAGGAGAAGGAGCAACAGCUUCAGAGUUUACAAGAGCAAAUCGAUAGUUUAAAAAUGCAGGUCGAUCAGCUGAGCAUGUCCUUGGUUGAAAAAGACCAAACUGUGUCAGAGCAGAAUUCACAGAUAAUGGCCCAGCAGAACCAGCUGCUGCAGCUUCAGGAUACUGUAUCUAUGCUUCAGGAGCAGGGAUCAGUUUUAAAGUCAGGACUAAUGGAAAAAGAUGUCAUGCUGCAGCAGAAAGUUGAGGAAUGUAGUGUAUCUCUGAAUGAAGUCAAGCUACAGAAAGAGCUCGCAUCACAGAUGCAGGUUGAGGUAGAGUUGCUCAGGAAAGAAUGCGUGGAGGCCAAACAACAACUAGAGCAGAAAGAACAAGCACUGAAAGAAGUAACACACGAAUUUCAGAACCACAAAGAUGAGCUGAAUAAACGAAAUGAAUCUGUCAUUUCGCUCAGUGCUCAGCUUGGGGCCAUGAAUGAGAGCGCUUCAGAGAUGGAGGUGGAAAUUAAUAACCUGAAAGCAUCUGUGCAGAAACUCACUGCAGAAAAUUGUCAGCUGAUAAAGGACGAGGGCCAGAGGAAAGCAGAGAUAACUGAUUUUAAAGACAACAUUCAAGCCCUCAUUGAACAGAAUGUUCGAUUGAAAUCUGAACUUCAGAAAACAGUGGCAGAGCUGGCCAAAGCAAACGAAGAAGCUGCAAAUCUCAACUUGGAAAUCCAAGGAAAAAAUGACGCCCUGAAACAGCAGGAGAAUUUGAUCCAGCAGCUCAACAGUGAGAUUGCUGAGCAGGGCGAGCUGCUGAAAGAGAAAGAAGGCAAAACUUUGGAGCUUGAAGAUUCUGUGUGUACACUCAGAGGCCAAGUUGACAGUCUGACAUCAGAGUCUUCCAUACUAAAGAAUAGUUUGGAGAAAAAGGAGGAGUCAAGUCUUAAAUAUCAAAGUACUUCUUCCGCUGCCUUUGAUAGUCUGACUUCACAUCUACAAGCCAAAGAGGCAGAAUGUGAGAGCCUUAAAGAAAAGAUAUCACACCUUGAGGAAUCUGUCUCAAAGCUCAACAACAACCUGGAAGCACAGACAUCUGAAGCGGCAAACCUCAAAAUGGCCUUGGAAGAAAAAGAAGCAGCUCUUUUGGAACAAUCGAAAGCUCUCCAGGAUUUCCAGAAAAGAGGAGACGAAGCACUGCUGUUCAAAACUCAGUUUAUGGAAAGUACAGAGUUGGCAUCACAGCUGCAAAGUCAAAUUCAGUUACUGUCCACUGAGUCUGAAAAAUGUAGAAAGACGGCAGAAGAAACCCAAAGUGCCUUCAAUAACCUGCAGGAGAAAUAUGCUGCCACCUUAGAAGAGUUACAAGACUCGAGGAAGCAACUCUCUCAAAAGACAGAUGAGGUGUCUGAGCUCCGGAUGUUAUUGGAUGAUUCUAAUAACAAAUAUCAGACUGCAAAGACCACCAUAGAGACACUGAAAACUAACUUACAUGUGAUCCAGGAGAAACUGGAGAAAGCUGAAGACUUGAACUCCAGUCUUUCAAAGGAAAAGGAUGACGCAUUUGCUUCGCAUCAAGCGAGCGUGUCAUUGUUGACUGUUGAAAUAGAAAGACUCAAAUCACAGCAUCUUCAGGUCGUGGCUCAGAUGAAUGCACUGACAGAAAACCUUGAACAGAGAGAAAUGGCUCUCCACGCAAUCAAUAGUCAGUACAGCGCCCAGGCCAAACAUGCAUCUCAGCUGGUUUCAGAAAUGCAGAAGUUGGAAGAGCAGAAUAAGAGACUGAAUGAGGAGAUAGGAUUGUCAAAGGAAGAGAAUCAGAAACUUCACAUUGCUCUCAGUAAUGAAAACACACAUUUGAAAGAGGAAUUUAGGAAACUUUUUGCAGAGAAAGAAGAGCUAGAAAGAAGACAUCAACAAACGUUGGCGGAGCUGCAGGUUCAAAUGGAGCAGAAAUCCAGCAGCGUGAAUGAACUCGUGGAGAGAAUGACGUCUGAGAAGCAGAGCCUUCAAGCAAAGGGAAUGCAUCAGAAGAUGGACGAACUGCAACAAAUGGCACACAAAGAAGUGAGAAGCCAGCAGGAAGCAACAGCAGAUCAGAGAUCUGAUGCUGAGCCGAAGGACCUGCCAGUCAAACAGGAAAGCGGUCUGGAGGAGGUGGUGAGUCGUUUGGAUGCAGAGAGGAGGCAGCUUCACAGAGAUCUGCAGCGCUGUAUGUAUGAGAUUCAGCAGCGAGACCAGUACUUCCAGCAGCUCAACACAAAGUUGCAGGAGGCAGUGGAGGAGAAAGGUGCUGUUACAGCUCAGCUAAGGGCUGUUUCCCAGACGCUGAGGGACACCCAGAAUCGAUGUCAUUGGCUGGAAAGCCAAGUCCAAAGCCAGGUGCAGGGUUUACUUCACACUGAAGUUGCACCAGGGGCUCCACAGGAGAAGAGCAACGACUCUAUGUUAAGUGAAAGUGCUGAAGCCAGUCAGCUCAGAGAAAGGCUGCUGGAGGUGGAGCUGAGUCUGGCAGAUGAGAGAGCCAGGAGAGAGACGGCCGAGGAGGCUCUGCGUCUUGCUGAAGACAGAGUAAAGAGUGCUGCCUCCAGUCUGUCCAGGGACAGUCACAGAGACUUCAGUAUCGAGAUGGAAGCUGAAGAGGAGUGGGAAGCUCUAACUCUCAACCCAAAUCAGCCUCUCAUAACACGAAAGGUGAAAGGAGGGAUGGUGGCGUGUCGACGGUGGCUCCGAGGCAGGAGCCUUUACUUCUCCAGGCUGCUGACGAGUCGCACUCGCUCUCGAUAUUUCUUUCUGGCUUACUUGUUCACCAUACAUGUGCUUGUUCUCAUGUGCCUCACUGGAACCCUGUAGGCAAAGUCGUUCCUGGACAAAACACAAACUGGCUGAAGGGUACAUAUGAAAGCUAACAGAGAGGGGCCUUUGAUUUUCAGUGAAUAACUUUGUGCAUACACGGUAAAAACCUGAAACUGACACAUUGUUCUCUGUUAAAUAUAAUGGUAAUGGGGGGGUUGGGGCAGGGACGACAGUUUCUUUGCAUCUGAUUUAAGUUUUCUUAUGUUUGUAAGUAGACCAAGCCUUAAAGCCGUUGGCUUUGCUUGCCUUCAAUUUCUUUUCUUUAAUUUUUUUAAGAGCCACACUGGAAAGGAGACGAGAAAAGAGUUUGUUUGAUGUGACCCUCGUGGAAAAGCUGCACAGUUUGCAGAAAGCCAUAUACACCCGUACUUAACACUAAGAAUUGUUUGAAAUCUCCUCUACACACCAGCUGCUGCUUUUCUUGUUUGCCUGAGUUCAUGUGUUGCACAUGAUCACAUAAUCAAAAUGCUGAGUUUAAACUAUGCACUGAAACUCCUAAUGUGUAUGUAAUCAUUUUGUGGAAGCUCAGAAGCACUACACCUCUCCCACUCUGUUCCCUUUAAACUGUAAAGCCAAAGGUGUCUGUAUUCUUACUUUGGCGAGCACCCUCAUGCCUGUAAAGCUAGUGGGAGACGUAAUAUUCUCAAGUUAACGCCAGUAUCAUGGUGUGCCAUUGAAAUUGUACUGCAACACAGUAGCAGGUACGAGUUGUUUGUAUUUAAGUUUCUCCUGUAUUUAUGUCUGCAUCCACACAUGCACGCUGUACAGUGUGUCAUAUUUCUGUAUAUAUGAUUUUUAUCCUGUCUGCUUGAUGUUUAUUGACUGUAAAUUUUUUCUUGAUUGUUUAGAGGAUAAAAACAGGUUGGUAAGAAUUUUUUUUCCUAAAAUUACUUCCACUAACAAGCCAGAAUCCCCUUUGUGUAGAUUCAAUUAAAAAAACACAAACCGUACAAAUGAGUGUCAGGAUCUGUUUUCUGGCUUGUUAGUUGAUGCAUUUUUGUUGAAAAAUGCACAGUUCUGCACGUUUGUGUUAUAAGUAUCUGUAUAUAAAGGGUUCAAUCAAUGGACAGUGACCGAAAUCUAUUUAUAAAAAAGGUAAACUACUGAAAAAUGUUCAGAUGGCAUAUUUUCUCUACUGCCUCUAUUUUUAAACGUUGGCAAAGCAGUUGGCCUUGAGGCACAUGAGGCUUAACGUCGUGCAAUACUGUGUUGGGAGAACUUUUUCUGAUCGCCUUUCACCAUCUGGAGCGGACUUUAAUAAAGCUCAUUGAAGUUUUCUGCCCA